AAAGGUGAAACUUUAUCACAGUUCUUUUCUAAUAACAGAACUGAACUGAACAUGGGUUCCAUACUUUAUUUCAUGCUGUAUUUUGCUUAUGUCACACAGCAGGUUUAUACAGAGAGAUUCCUGGUGACAGCCCCCAGUGUAUUUCAUGUUGGAGUGAAGGAGACAGUAUCAGUCCAGGUUGGUAAAGCACUGCUGAAUAAAGAUGUGACCUGUUACUUGGAGCAGGAGGUUGGACGUGUUCUAAUGUCAAAGAAAGAGACUGUACGGAUCACACAGGAAGGAGAUAUUAAAACACUAGAACUUCAGGUGCUUCCUGAGAAAACCGCAAGUUUACCAUCAACCAAUGCAGAGCCACCUUAUCUAAACCUGGUAUGUGAUGUUGGUGAAAGUAAGAGAAAAAUAGCUCGAGUGUUGGUCUCCCAACACAGAGGCUACAUCUUUAUUCAAACAGACCAACCCAUGUACAACCCCACACAAAAAGUUCAGUACAGGAUUUUCACUCUUGACCAUGCCAUGCGGCCUAUAUCCAAAACAAAGAUAUAUGUUUACAUAAUUAAUGCAGAAGGAAACACAGUCAAGAAGACAUUUAUACAAGUCGAGAACAGCAUUUAUUCCACUGAUUUUGCUAUUCCAGAUGUUUCACAGCCAGGGGUGUGGAAGAUUAAAGCUCACUACCGCAAUGAUGAGAAAAGUGCUACCAUCCAAGAAUUCAAGGUCCAAAAGUUUGUCCUUCCUAGUUUUGGUGUGACCAUCAAGCCUAAAAAGAACUACCUUCUUAUAAGCGCAGUGGAUUUAACUUUCACAAUUGAUGUUGCAUAUUCUUAUGGGAAGAAAAUAAAUGGUGGAUUUCAUUGUCGAUUUGGUGUGAGAGAGAAAACAAAGGAGUCCAAUGUCAUCAAUUUCAUCAAGGGAGUGGAACAAAUGGGACCAGUACGAAAUGGCGAAGCUGAAAUUACUGUUAAAAUUUCAGACCUUCAGCAGAAACUCAAACCUGAAAUCUUACAACAAUUAGCCGAGGAAGGAGCACAGUUCUACAUUGCUACUACUGUCACAGACACCUUGAGUGGCGAGGUACAGGAGUCUGAAAUAUUUCUUCCCAUCGUGUCACAAAUAUACACAGUAGACCUAUCGCGGACUAGAUCACACUAUAUCCCUAAAGUGCCUUUUGAUGUGAGGGUACUGGUGCUCACUCCUGAUGGUCUGCCAGCUAAAAAUGUCCCAGUAAAGAUUGCAGUAUCACACACCACAGAGAAAAUCAAUAAUGAACACACAGACAAAGAGGGAACAGUGAGCUCCAUAUUUAAUCUUGAACAAACACCUCCAUCCAUAUCUGUUGAGGUAACAGUGGAAGGAUUUAAGUCAACAAAAAAUGUCCUCCUUGCUAGUUCCUCAAGCAACAGCUUCUUGUAUAUAAACAUAAACAAUAAAGUUUUGCUUCCUGAAGAAGGCCUGGAUGUUGGAUUUUAUGUUGUUAAUGGAAAACCAGAAGAUGAUUAUAUUUACUACAUGAUCCUCAGCAAAGGUACUCUCAGGAAAUCAGGCUCUAUCAAAGUCAGAAUUGAAGCUAAAAUCAACAUUCCGAUCAGCACAGAUAUGGUUCCAUCCUAUCGCCUGAUUGGAUAUUAUUAUAACACAAAUGGUGAUAUUAUAGCGGACUCAGUCUGGGUAGAUGUGAAGGAUCUGUGUGAGGGUAAGAUUGAGGUAACCAAAAAAGAGUCACAAAACAAUUACAGUCCAGGAGACCCUGUUGACCUUAACAUUGAUGUUGGAAAUCAAAGAGGUACGAAAGUGGCCCUGCUGGCUGUGGACAAAGCCAUCUACGCCUUAAAUUCCCAAAACAAACUCACCCCGAAACAGGUGUUCUCGUCUAUGCAGUCCUAUGAUUUGGGGUGUUCAUAUGGUGGUGGAUUAAACACUGCUGCAGUGUUUAAUGAUGCUGGAUUGGCCUUUAUUUCCCACUCUCAGACGGUCAGGUCACAGAUGAGAAUAGGAUUCAGCUGUGAAUCAGGUUUUAGGAGACAGAGGCGUUCGAUAGAUCUACAGAAGCAGAUGGCUGAAAAAGAAACUGAGUAUAAAAAUGAAAAACUGCAGAAGUGCUGCCGUCACGGCCUAACGCUAAUCCCAAUGAAGCUGACGUGUGAGGAAAGAAAGAAAAGAAUAAGGAAGGAAGAAAGUGCAGAAUGUGUAGAGGCUUUUCUGAAGUGUUGCCUGUUUGCUACACAGUUAAGAGAAAAGAAGAGGAAGGAGGAACUGAAUAGUGGCUUUGGCAGAACUGUUAAUGAUGGAAGAAUUGAAGACUUUUUUAUUAAUUCCAUGGAUUAUAUUCGUCAGAGUUUUCCACCUAGUUUUGGAUUUCAUGUAAUUGACGCAAACAGCAAAACUCCAUAUAAAAUCUACGUCCCGGAUUCUAUCACCACUUGGGAGGUUCAGGCUGUCAGUUUAUCUUGGAGCCAUGGUUUUUGUGUGGCCGACCCACUUGAGAUACGUGUAUUUCAGGACCUUUUUAUCUCUCUGAGACUUCCAUACUCAGUCAAACCCAAUGAACAAAUGGCCAUUGUUGUAGUCAUCUACAAUUAUAGCAAAAGGCCACAAGAGCUUGCUGUUCACAUGAAACAAGUGGAAGGUCUAUGUUCACCUGGAGCUUUAUCCACUGAUUCCUAUGUUAACAUCACUUUGCCUGAAGAUUCCUCAGAAACUGUGACCUUCUCAACUGUUCCUUUAGUAGUGGGUGAAAUACCCAUCACUAUCCAGCUUUAUGAUAGAGAAUUUGAGAGUGGUAUUGAUGCCAUUCAGAAGAUGCUGUUGGUGACGCAUGAGGGAGUACAAAUACAGGAGGAGAAAAGUUACCCGAUUAACUUGGAUGGAAGAAGUGAGAAGUCCAUUUCCAUUAAUGGAGAGUUUCCAAACAGUACAAUUCCUGGCUCAAACACUAACAUUUUUGUUAAACUAGAAGAGGCAUAUGGUACAGCAUCAGCAAAGCCCCUGCUCUCACCAUCCAAUGUAGAGAAGCUGAUCAGGGCUCCUUGUGGUUGUGCGGAGCAGACAAUGAUCAGCAUGUCCCCCACAGCACUGGCCAUUCGCUAUUUGGACUAUAGCAACCGCUGGCUGGAGCUGUCACCUGGAACCAGAGACACAGCUCUAAACUUCAUAGAGAAAGGCUAUGGGAGGAUUCUGACAUUCAAAAAAUCAGAUGGAUCAUAUGGAGCAUGGGUUGAUUAUCCCACCAGUACCUGGCUGACUGCUCUGGUAGUGAAGGUAUUGUCUCUUGUGGCCAAAUGUCAGUCAGCAAACGCUGAAAACCAAAUCAUCUCACAGAUCGACAUUGAGGCCUCAGUCAAGUACCUAAUCAAACAGCAAGGUGAUGAUGGAUCAUUCAGUGACCCUAACCCCGUCAUUCACAGAGAAAUGCAGGGUGGAAUUGGAGGGAUUGAGCAAGAUGCCUCCAUUACUGCAUUUAUAACCAUCGCUCUCAAUCACUCUCUUCCAUUCUUGAACCAGGAAUUGUUUGAUAAUGUGACAAGUCGCAUUUCACAAGCAACGGAAUACCUCCUCUCACGUGUUAAAGACUUAAAAAAGUCAUAUUCUGUAGCUAUUACAGCCUAUUGCUUAUCUACCUGCCUUCAGAAUAAAGAUCUGUCAUUAUCAGUGUGGGAAAAACUCAAAAGUUUGGCCAAACAAGUUGGUGAGUGUAAAGUGUGGCAGGUGGAUGAGGAUAUGCGACUAGUGGAUGAGAAAAAGAGUUACCUGGUUCCUUCAGCAGUGGCUCUAACUGUAGAGACCACUGCAUAUGCUCUUCUCACUGCAAUAGCACAGGAAGACUUUGAAGAGGCAAAAAUGGCUGCCUGUUUCCUUUCCUCACAAGAGAACUACGAUGGCGGUUUUAAAUCCACACAGGACACGAUUAUGGCUUUGGAAGCACUCUCAGAGUACAUGCUGCACAAACUCAAAGCACCGUUCAGUUCUUUCAAUGUGAGGUUUUCGAACAAAAAAAGGAAAUUAACAGAGGAUUUGCAUUUAAACAACAAAGGAGAAAAAGUGGAGGUAGAGCUACAGAGACUACUGGGAAAUGAGAUCAUUGCACAGGUGUCAGGAAAAGGGGAAGCUAAACUAAAGGUGAUAAAGACUUACUAUGGCCAGAACCCAUUCACCAAUUGUGUGCAGUUAUCCAUUAAUGUGACAGUCCAGGGCAAGGUAGACUACACUGCUCAAGUAACAGAAAACUAUGAUUACUACGACUAUGCUAAAGAUGAGAGUGAAGGAAGAGAAGAUGAAGACAUCCCUCGCUCAGCUAUUGAGUGGUUUGAUGCUCGGACUAGACGCAGACGAGACACUGGACAAAACCUGAACUCUGAGGACAGGGUGGUAUAUGAAGUUUGUGUCAGUUACUCCUUGGAGCAGAACAUUACAGGAAUGGCUAUUGCAGAUAUCACACUACUUAGUGGCUUUGAGGCUAAUACAGAGGAUCUAGAUAAGUUGAAGGAUCUUGUAGACAGCUACAUAUCUCAUUAUGAAGUCACAAAAGGAAGAGUCCUGUUAUAUUUUAGAGACUUACCUGAACAGAGUGAAUGUAUUACAUUUGAAGCCAUACAGACAGUGCCAAUAGGUUUACUACAGCCUGUUCCUGCUACGUUCUAUGACUAUUAUGAACCAGACAGAAGAUGUUCUGUGCUCUAUGCUGCACCAAAGAGGAGUAAGAUGGUGUCUAUGCUCUGCUCUGGAGAUGUGUGCCAGUGUGCUGAAAGGGCCUGUUUCAAAGAAAAGAAGCCAGACAUAAGCAUUCGUAAGGAGGAUCGUUUCACACAUGCUUGUUACCAGCCUUUAGCAGAUUAUGGAUUUAUCGUCUCUGUGCUAUCAGUGGAAGAAAAAGGAAAUUUUGAGCUGUACUGCACAAACGUUACAGAGGUCCUCAAAUUUAAUCGAGAUGUGACUGUGGACGUACAUGAUAUCCGAGUGUUUGCGAAAAGGAAACACUGCAGAGCUCAGCUGGAGGAAAGAAAAACCUACCUUAUCAUGGGCAAUGAUGGCUCCACCACUGACUCCAGAGGACACAUGCUGUACCUUUUGGACUCAGAAACAUGGAUUGAGAAGAAGCCUGACCCAACAUAUUGCCAAGCUACAAACAUUAAGAUUUAUUGCAAAGGAUUCCAAGAUUUUAGAAAAGAAUACCAGGUUAAUGGAUGCUCCAUGUAAAUUCUUCCACAGAAUAAAGUUUCCAUUGGGUAAUUCAAUAUUAGGUUACCAAACACUUUGUCUGUGUCACAAGGAUUAUGUGUAGCCAUAUGCUACUUAAGUGUAUCUUUAAUGAUGCUCCAAAUAAAAAGGAAUAAUGGAA